AUGGCCGGGAUCGUUCGCCAAUCAAAAUUUCGACAUGUCUACUGCAAGCCGGUGAAGCACGAGCAAUGUAUGAGUGAUAUUAAGGUUACCGAAAUUACAUGGGAUUCGCUUUUCUGUGCGGUCAACCCGAAAUUCAUCGCGUUUAUUCACAGAGGGUCUGGAGGAGGCCCGUUUAUGGUCGUUCCGGUGAAUAAGGUUGGACGUGUUGAUAAGGAUAUCCCAUUUGUCGAUGCUCACAAAGCGCCAUGUCUCGAGAUUGCCUGGUCCCCUUUUAACGAUAAUGUCAUUGCUUCAUGCUCGGAGGAUACUACGGCAAAGGUGUGGCUAAUCCCAGAAGGUGGGCUUCGCAAGAACAUCACCGAACCUGUUGUCGAACUUUUGGGGCAUCAGAAACGUGUCAACACUAUCGCCUGGCAUCCGGUGGCUGCCAAUCUGCUCCUUACCGCUGGUGGUGAAAAUGUGAUGUACAUGUGGAACGUUGGCACUGGGGAAGCCCUGCUUGAGAUCGCCGGACAUCCUGAUCAAAUCUGGUCCGUAGCCUUCAACUAUGAUGGCAGUCGCUUUAUCACCUGCUGCAAGGACAAGAAGCUCAGGAUUUUCAACUCUCAUACUGGUGAUGUUCUCCACGAGGGUAUGGGACAUGAAGGAGUCAAGCCACAAAGAGCCAUCUUCGUACGCGACGGCAGGGUGGUGACCACUGGUUUUACGAAACGCUCAGAGAGGUUGUAUGCGCUAAGGUCUCAGGAGAACCUAUCCACUCCCAUCAUGCAAGAUGAGCUUGACACCUCCAACGGUGUGCUUUUCCCGUUUUACGAUGAGGACACUGGCCUGGUGUAUCUGGUCGGAAAGGGCGACUGCGCAAUCCGAUACUACGAAGUUAACGAUGAUCCUCCAUACAUGCAUUACAUCAAUACCUACACUACAAAUGAGCCCCAGAGAGCUGCUGCUUUCCAGAGCAAGCGAGGGCUGUGUUCGGAGGAGAAUGAACUUCAGAGAAUCUACAAGCUUACCACGAAGGGUGUCGUCGAUAUCCUUCAAUUCUUCUGCCCCAGGAAGUCAGAUCUUUUCCAGCACGAUCUCUACCCCGAUACUCGAUCCCUUCAGCCUGCGCUUACCGCCGAAGAGUUUAUGGAUGGCAAGGAUGCCGAGCCUAACCGACAGCCGGUCAAUGCUGCCGCUGCAGCUGCAGCCAACAAGCCGAAGGUUCAGGUCGCCAAGAAGGCCAACAUCUUGAAUACACUGACUGCCACCCCAGCCACCGAGGCUGCUCCGCAGUCAUACAAGGAACAAACCUCACCUCAGCCGACCAAGCAGGCUGCUUCACCCCGACCUGCUCAACAACGAAAAGUGGUUGUUGACGAUGAUAUGGGAAUCGUCACUGCCUCCACCCCUUCUCCAAGACGAUCUUCUGCUGCUCCCUCCGCUGAGCCACCAAAGGAGGAGAACAACCCCAUGAUCCCGAGGAAUCAGGUGAAGCUCCGCUCUCGCGCCGAUCAUGAUGACGGAGCCCCACCUUCAGCUGGCCAGCGACGAGCAGCUGCGGAACUCGAGAGAAUCCGCAGGGAUCAGGGUCGUCUUCCCGAUGAUGACGAUCGUGCUCAGGCGGCCUCGAGAGCAUCAACAGUAUCCAAGACCUCGGAACGCCCGACUUCUCAAGCUUCUUCCAGAGUUAGCCGCGUUGGAGUGGAUAUGUCGGCUUCCUCUGAUGCUCCGGUAAUGCUCAGCGAUAGUGGCCCCGGUUCUAUGGAAGAGCUGGUUGGUGAUUUGCAAAAGAUGAAGAUGAUCCUCCGCCAGCAUGAACGCCGAAUUCGACUCCUCGAAGACCAGCUUGCCGACAUGGCAAUGGCCUACACCCACAAUUUC